AAUAAAUAUCAUGGUCAAUAUUAUAUAUCAUAUGAAUAUCUUUAUAUUCAGGUUUCAGCUCAGAAUUCAUGAUGAUAAUAACAUUACCCUGAAUACCAUGGUAACCAUGAACCAUUUCAAUUGUAAACAAAAGGAUUUUCAAGUUGAUUUAAUUGUCACCGCCAACAAUUAAUUACAUAAUAGUUAAAUCAUCUUCUUCCUUGAUAUUCAAUCAAUUUUAUUUUUAUUCAAAUCAAUUCUUAAUCCAUCAUAAUCAUGUUAAUCUUUUCCUCAAUCGAUUAAGAUAAUCUUCAAAGUUAAUCCAAAUGAAUUCUUACCUUCUAAUCUCAUACUUACCUGUGAUUAUUUGUUUACUUGUAUUAUCAAGGUUAUCGUCAGGUAAACUUAUCGAAGGUGAAUUAAUCUCUGAUGAGAAUUGCUUUUUAACAAGAUUCUGUUUCCUAUCCGAGUCUGGAAAAUUUAAUUAUGAGAUAACUUAUCCAUACGAGUAUCGAGUACAAAAUUUGCUUCUUUAUUUUGAUUCUCGUCGUCAAUGGCCAACAGUUUACAAAUCACCAUUGACCUGUGAGGAAAAGGAAAGUGUCCUGUCAAUUGAAAAUGGUCAAGUGAUUAACUUGACCUCAGAAUAUUCAUAUUCAAAUUGCCAAUUAUUGGAAAACUUUGAUGAGUUUACCAAUACGACCUUAAGAUAUUACAAAUGCUCACAUUAUCGAGUCUUCAAAUCUCAACGAGAACGCUGGUGGUUCAUAGCAAUUAGCAAUUGCCAAUCAACAAAGGGUCUUAAAAUGAGCUAUCGUAUAACCAUGACAAAUGAUGAACAGAAUCCACUAUUGAAACACUUUUCAGCUGAUCAAUUCUAUAUUUUACAUACGGAUGUAAUAUUUACCAUUCUCUAUCUACUUCUUCUAGUAGCCUCAAUAUUUGAAGCAUACGCUUUGUACACUCGACAUUUACUUCAUAUUACAUACAAAUAUUAUCUCGCAUCGUUAGCACUUCAAUUGUCAUCAUUGAUUUUCCUGACAACUUAUUAUGUCCUAUUAGCUGAUCGAGGCUAUUCACAUGAGAUUUUAAAGUUAAUUGGUAAACUAUUGGAAUCAGCGUCCACGUCGUUAUUUUUGUUACUUCUAAUACUUUUAGCCAAAGGGUACACUGUAACUCGAGCUCGAUUAAAGACCCAAACAUCAACGAAAAUUGGCCUAUUUAUGUCUCUUCAUACGACAACUUAUAUUGCGAUAUUUUUAUAUGAACAAAUGUUUUUCGAUCCAGGGGAAGUCCUUUAUAUGUACGAAAGUUGGCCUGGUUAUUGUGUUAUAUUCCUACGGAUAUUGGGCUGGUUCUGGUUUGUUUAUUCACUUGUAUUUACCUUGAUGCAUUAUCCAUCAAAAUCGUCGUUUUUAACAAAACUUUUCCUCCUUUACAGUGUUUGGUUCAUUUCGGCUCCUGUGGUCAUUUUAAUAUCUACUUUUGUUGUCCCCAAAUGGAUGAGGGAAAAAAUAAUCAAUGCGGUUGAACUUUUCAUCUCAAUUCAUGCACAUUUGGUAUUUUUUAUAUUAACUCGUCCAUCGAAAGCAAAUAGGAAUUUUCCAUUCCAUGUUCGUACAACUCAGAUUGAUGUUAUGACGAAAAAUGGUGGUGCUGGUGAUGAAACAUUAGAUCAAUUUACUCAUUACUCUUAUGCUCCAUCUCGAUCUAAUUUCACAUUAAAAGAUACUAAUAAUCGACCAGUUUUCUCAGUAACUUCAUCCAAUCAAACCAAUGGUGAAAAUAAUACAAAUAAUCUUCAUGGAAACAUUAACGGUACUUUUCCUGGAGCAACAAAUGUCCUUCUUUUCUCAACCACUGGAACUUUAUCAGGUAUUUACACCAAUGAUCUAAGUCUCAUCGAAAGGCAACAUAACGGUCAUGCUAACGGUUUACCAGCAGUCGAUGCUGGAGGAAACAUUUAACAACAACAUCCAAGAAGAAAACUUAAAACUGUAAACUGACAAAGAAAAAAAAACCAAAUAAAAAUAAUCUUUUAAAAAUAUAUUAAUAAUAUUCAA